AGUGACAUCGUCAGUUGAUAGUCACACUGGGUUUCAGCCAUAAGAAGAUUAAGAAUCCACAAUGGUGCUAAAGUUUGCAGGUGCUAAGUAUGCACCUUUGAUGGUGUUUCAGUUGGUACUGCUGGUACUGUACUUUGUCUUCGCUAGAUACGGUGGCGCCAAAGAUGUUGGAAUCAAAGGUUUUGAAGACACCCACGUGAUGAUCUUCAUCGGUUUCGGCUUCCUGAUGACAUUCCUGAAGAAGUACUGCUACAGUGCCCUUGGCUUCAACUGGCUACUGGCAGCCCUUGUCAUUCAAUGGGCACUACUCUGCCAGUCGUUUUAUCAUAUGAAAGAUAAUACUAUACUAAUCACCAAGAAGUCUUUAUUAGAGGCGGAUAUAAUGUCGGCAACUGUUCUUAUAACCUUUGGUGCACUAUUGGGCGUUGCAAGUGGAGUUCAGUUGCUGUUUAUUGCUGUAGUGGAGAUUGCUGUUGCUUGCCUUAACUUGUGGCUAUGUGAAGAUGUUUUCAAGGUAUCAGAUGUCGGAGGUUCCAUAGCAAUUCAUGCUUUCGGAGCUUAUUUCGGUUUCGGUGCAAGUAUAGCUAUGAGAGCUAAAAAAAGUGAAGAAACUAACAGUAACAACGUAGUGACAGUCGAUCUUAACGGACCGAGUUAUGUUUCUGAUGUCACAGCUAUGAUUGGGUCAAUCUUCUUAUGGAUUUAUUGGCCAUCUUUUAAUUCUGGUUUGACUAAUUCUGAUGAAGAAUACACAAGGGCCGUUGUUAAUACGUAUUUGUCACUAGCGGCUGCUACGGUGACUACCUUCGUCUUAUCAUCGGCUGUUAGCAAACACCACGGCAGGUUCGACAUGGUCCACAUACAGAACUCCACGCUGGCUGGUGGUGUUGGUGUAGGCUCUGUUUGCAAUAUGUAUAUUGGUCCAGGAGGUGCUGUAGCUGUAGGAAUUGGAGCUGGCCUGCUGAGUGUUCUAGGCUACAGAUAUUUGACGGUUGGUUUUAUUAAUGUCAUAACAGAAACUUCUUUACUAAUUAUUAUAUUUGAUCAAUUUUGCAUUCAUAAUCCUAUUUUAUUUUAUUUAUUUAUUUUGGGAAGACCAACACCUAGAACAAAUACAUAGUGAUAAAAUAGACUACAGGAAGCCAAUUACAGGUCCUCACAGAUGAUAUACUGGAAAAUGUUCGUAAUGACACCCUCUAGGUGUCUCUUCGGUAAUGGGUAGCUCACGGUUAGAGCAGUCGCCCGGAUUGCACGAGUUCAUAGGUUCGAAUCCCAUCGAAGAGUACCAGGGAUAAAUAUGAUUUCUUAUGCAUUUUUCAUUAAAAUAUUCUUUAUUAAUUAUUAGGGAUUUCUCAUAGAUAUGCAGCAUUUAACUGAUGACUGCACUGACUUGAUCGGUGAUCAUACAGAUUAGCUUACUCUUGAACCAAAACGCGAUCGAUCAACAUUGCAAUUGUGACGUUUCCUACUCUUGAUUUAGUACACUAGCGCCAAUUGGGUCAAUAUUGCGUGGUUAUUGAAUGAACUUAUAGACAUGAAACAUUGAUGCCCGUUUUCACUAAACUUAGGACUGGUCCAAAACUGCCACCUUAAUAUUUAGGAGUCGCCUAAGGUAAAAUUGCCGGGUACAAAUAUAAUUGUUAGUAUCCAAUUAGUAUUAGGCCUUCUAGGUGUUGUGGCAUGUUAUUCCUAUUUGAUUCUAUUCAUAAAGAAGACAUGUUUCCAGACAGGUAUAUGGUGUGCUGGUGCUUUAGACCGUAACCGACUUCCAUAAUCUUAAAUAUAUAAUUGAGUUUCGCUGCAUAAAUCUAAAACUGAAUAUCUAGUUCUAACUGCUAGUAAUAGAUUUGUCUUAAAGCGGAACACUAUUAAAUGAAUUUUCAUACGGUUCUCAUCAAUAGGCGACAUAGUACAGUUAAUAGCAAAUCAUGAUAACUAUCAAACGCUUUAAUGCCUUGCGAAUAGAAUUCAAGUUCGAUUGCAAAAUAAAAAAAUACAUAUCGGUAAUCCGAUGUUCUGCUGUGUGUACCUUAAGGGAGAUUUAUUUUAUAAUUCAUUAAGAUUUUAUGUGAAUUAGCUUAAGACUUACUUGAAUAUAUGCAAAUUUUCUCCCUAUGUAUCCGAGGGAGGUAUAAUUUUGCCACGACGGUUAGCCAGAUGCUUGGAUUUAAGCAAAAAUUCAAAUAGUCGGGAGUUCCACUUUCUGCGGUUUGGAAAAUAUUGAUGGGAAUAAACACUUACGUCAAAUUAUUUUUCAAUCACAAUCCUGACAAAAGGCUGGUAUUAAUGAAAAAAAGUAAUGGAAAUACCAAAACGCUGUAGCAUAAAAUUGCAAAUUGUUUCGGUGUUAUAUCGCAACUGAUUAACGGGUUCCACUUUCUGCUCUCAGCCAAAACUUACGAAGAUUGGUAUUCUGGACACAUGUGGUGUUAACAAUCUUCACGGUAUGCCAGGAUUGUAUUCUGGAUUGCUGUCAGUUCUCUUUGCUGCUCUUGCUACCAAGGAAGCAUAUGGUGCUACCGAACUCGGUACUGUUUUUGAAGCUAUGGGCGAAGAAGGUGGUAGAACUGCGGCAAGCCAAGCUCUGUACCAAUUUAUAGCAUUAGCCGUUACAUUAGUGUUAGCGUUAGUGUCUGGAUAUGUUACAGGACUUCUGUCGAAACUGCCCAUUUUCGACUCCCUCAAGGACAACGAGAAAUACGAUGACGAAAUUAACUGGGAAUUGCCUUAAUCGAGUUUUCAUUAGCAGAGUCCUCAUUUGCAUUUGAACUUAAAUGGUAUUAAUCCUUUUUGGGAGCAGUUUCUGUUGUAAGACGGAUUAAACUCUUGUUAAUACUUAGAAUUGUACGUCGUCGCGGCGUUUCCUUUGACAUUUAAAUUUAAAAUACGAAUUAUAUUAAAGAAAAUGAAAUUUGAUGUUGCCCUGUUAAUUGUUUUACAUAAAAGAUACUUCUUGAUCCUAAGUCUUUAAGAGGAGCUGUUCAGAAUUGAAAUCGCGGCACUCACUAGCCUAACAAAAUUUUAUAAAUUAAAAAAUAAUUUAUCAGAAAAAAAAACAGUUAUUCACCUAAAAUAACUUCAAACUACAUAUAUAAAACACACAUGUAAUUAAUAUCGUUUAUCUGUAACAUUAUGAAUUAAGUGGUAAUGAUAUUAUCAUUACGAGGUAACUUGUCUCUCUGCCGAGUAAAGUUCUUAUUGUCGUUCGAACACAAACAAAAAUAACUUAACUCGCUAGAGGGGUAAGUUAGCUCACCACUGUACUUAUUUAUUAAAGUGUAAAUCUAUUUAUCAGUACCAGCUUGUCAAGUCGUUAAGACCGUUUUUUUUACUGGUAGAUUUAAUCGAUCAUAAGUAUAUAAGAUUUUUUUUUAUAUUAAUUAAGCUUUUUUAGUACUUGUCUUGAACGAUAUAAUCGAAUAAAUUUUUAAUAUUUCCCUGUCGAUUUCGAUAUUUGUUUUCAUGUCGUUUUUAGCAAUAAGCUUUUUACCAAAGAUUAGGUACUUGUAACAAAAAACAUCAUAGUUUCGAAGUUUGUAAAUAUACAGAAUUAAUGGUAUUUUUUUAACACGAAGUGAAAUAUUAUUAUACAAUACAAUGUUUAUCUUUUGUUUUCAACUUUUUGUGUUGUCAUGUGAAUAUUUUAUUUUAAGUAGCUAUUAUUUAUGUAUAUAAAAUAAGUCAAUAAAUUUGACAAUAAAGUUGUUUUAAUUU